AGACUGCUAGUAAAUGGAGGAUCAGUCUUCGGGUUCAACCUACAAAAUAUAGCCUACUUGACAAUCAUCACAUACUUCGUACAAAUGGUGUGAAGGACCUCUUUAAUUUAACAUCAUGGAUUGGACUAUUGGGAAGGAGAGAAUUCCCUCAAGUAAUAGUGAACUGCCUAAGGCCUCAAAGAAUGCCUCCGGAACCAACCUCACUAUCAAUCUGAAUGAAAUGCUCAGAUCAAAUGCUGCCGUGGAAAGGAAGCGUGUUCCAAUCCGCCCACCCAACCCAAGAGCCCCUGCACCCUGGGAACUGGAGUUUAGUCGAGGCCUUUCGUGUGAGCCCAUGCCCAAACCCAUUAUCCGAAGACGUGCACGAUCUCUGUCCUCCUCCACAGAGUGGAAGAGGCACACUCGUAAUGUUGGGGUGCGUUUUGUAGACUGUCUGGGCCUGGACCUAGAGGAUGUUAAGGUUUUCAAAACCGGAGAGGAUCCCUUUGUGCCACAACAUGUCUCCUUCAGGCUUUUGAUGGGUGCAGAGCUGGCUGGGGGGAAGAACUUGGAAAUCUCGCUGCCGUAUCUGAAGCCGGUGUUCCCUCAGCAACCCGGUGAUCGACCUGAAUUCUUCAGCCGCCUGCGCCAGCAGAGGGUCUGUCUGGAGAGGGUUUUGUGCUUUGACCUGGGCAUCAUCGGGAUCACUCAGGUCCUCAACCUCCAUUUUGAGAAAGAGGUGAGCGUGCGCUAUUCUUUCACAGGAUGGAGGUGCAGCUCAGAAACCAAGGCCUCCUGGGUAUCCACCACCUGCAAGUCCUGGGAUGGAACGCAGGAGCAGCUCAAUUGUGACACCUUUCGUUUCCACCUGCCUGUUCCUCCCUUCCUGCUACCUGGAGCUGCUUUGGAAUUUGCUGUCCGAUACAAAGUGUCCGGGAAAGAGCACUGGGACAACAACGAGGGGCAAAACUAUAAGUUGGUCUGCCAUAGCUACAAGCUGACUGUGCCCAAGGAGUGUGAGCAUAGCAUGGUGCACUUUAUUUGAGCUCAUUCAACAAGGAGCAUUUACUGGUUGCUCUCAUAAGUUCCAAUUAAUAAUUUGGCCAUAAGGUCAAAACCAUCAGACCUGAGAGGCAGCAGUAGUGUUCAGAAAAAGACAGAUCUGGUAUAUAUGAAUAACAUGUUAUUGGAGCACUCGGCUAAUAGAGAACCACGUCAUGGUUGUCUGUGACUGUGGUGGAAGCCAUGUUUAUUAUUCAUUCAUACACAUUUAUUUUAACAGAGCACACCUAUUAGUAUUGGAGUGCAUGUUUUCAAAUGCAAAUGCACUUUAUUAUAUACAGUGCCUUCGGAAAGUAUUCAGACACCUUGACUUUUUCCACAUUUUGUUACAUUACAGCCUUAUUCUAAAAUGGACAUAAAUCUGCACUCAAUGCCCCAUAAUGACAAAGCAAAAACAGGCUUUUCUCAAUUUGAGCUGGCCUCCCGGCCAAACUGAGAAAACGUGGGAGAAGGUCCUUGGUCAGGGAGGUGUCCAAGAACCCAAUGGUCACUCUGAUAGAGCUCCGGAGUUCCUCUCUGUGGCACUCUACCAAGCAGGCCUUUAUGGUAGAGUGGUCAGACGGAAGCUACUCCUUAGUAAAGCCGCGUGACAGCCCACUUGGAGUUUUCCAAAAGGCACCUAAAGACUCUCAGACCACGAGAAGCAAGAUUCUCUGGUCUGAUGAAACCAAGAUUGAACUCUUUGGCCUGAAUGCCAAGCGUCACGUUUGGAGGAAACCUGGCACCAUCCCUACUGUGAAGCGUGGUGGUGGCGGCAUCAUGCUGUGGCAAAGUUUUUCAGCCGCAGGGACUGGGAGACUAGUCAGGAUUUAGGCAAAGAUGAACGAAGCAAAGUACAGAGAGAUCCUUGAUGAAAACCUGCUCCAGAGCACACAGAACCUCAGACUGGGGCGAAGGUUCACCUUCCAACAGGACAAUGACCCUAAGCACACAGCCAAGACAACGCAGGAGUGGCUUUGGGAAAAGUCUCAAUGUCCUUGAGUGGCCUAGCGAGAGCCCGGACUUGAACCAGAUCUAACAUCUCUGGAGAGACCUCAAAAUAGCUGUGCAGAGACACUCCCCAUCCAACCUGACAGAGCUUGAGAGGAUCUGCAGAGAAGAAUAGGAGAAACUCCCCAAAUACAGGUGUGCCAAUCACUGCCAAACGUGCUUCAAAAAAGGACUGAGUAAAUAGUCUGAAUACUUAUGUAAAUGUGAUAUUUCAGUUCUUCAAACCAGUUUUUGCUGUGUCAUUAUGGGGUAUUGUGUGUAGAUUGAUGAGGGGGAAAAAACAAUUGAAUAUAUUUUAGAAUAAGGCUGUAACAAAAUGUGGAAAAGUCAAGGGGUCUGAAUACUUUCCGAAGGCACUGUAUACAGCACUUGUUCAGAUAAGACUGACACAGAGUACACAUUUCACUGUGGCAAUGUGCCUCUGGAUAAUGCACUUACUUUAUGGUUUCUACUUGUCGGAUGUUCUAAAAUCAUUUGGACUUACUCUGACUCUGGUCCUCGGAACUAGCCAUGCUUGCCAGGUAACUGGUAGAGAUUAAUUUAUGAAAUUUCAUCUUCAAGAGAUGAUCACCCAAGCAUUUAAACUAUGCAACCAAGCAGCUAGUUCAAAUAUUACUCAUGAUAUAAAUUGAAAAUAUUUAGCUACUAACAAAAGAAAUACACUGUUUAACUGGUAGUACUUAGAAAAGUGAAUACUAUUGUUUCUUGUUCAUUUUACAUUAAAGCACAGUUGAUGAUACAAACCUCUGUUGUGAAUUAUUUGCCUUUGUUGCUUACAAUGCAACACUAAAGCUGUCUUUACACUGCAGCUAAAAUGGACCCAAUUCAACAACAAAGUCAUUCUCCUGUGACACAGUUCAAUCUUCUUUAGAAUGGUGUAAACAGCUAAAAAAAACACAUGGAAUCACAUCUUUUCCGUUCUGAUUUGGACCACAUUCAUAUGUGCUACUAUAUCCAAUACCUAGCCAUGUGACCUGUAUCUGGACACUCCAAUCAGAUUCUUUCAGUGCCCAAGUGAUUUUUACUACACUCUCCAUGCAACAGGUUAAUUUUGUCACAUCUGCAUUGGUGGUAACCGUUGAAAUGGACAGUGACAGCACGUACCAGCAUAGCCUCUUCGCUCGGACGACCAAUACAUAUUGGUCUCCCAUCACCGAACACUAUUUCCUGGUACCCCGCAAAAUAUUUACCAGCUCUAUGAUUUACAUGUUUCCGGGAAGAAGAAAAAAUCCCAUCACUGAAUGCAUAUCUAGAAUGAAUCCGGAAUGCCUUACCAGUCAGCAUGGGUUAUCCUUUUUACUUUACACCAGGGGUAAGCAACUAGAUUCCGCUGCAAAUCCAUUUUUGUCGGAAUGGAUGGUCAGGGGGCCGAAACGUCAUUUAUAAUCAUUUGUCGAAUUCAAAUUGACAACAAGUAAGCCCAUUUGUAUUUGAAAAUAACAAUCAUUUUAUACCUUCAUUACAUUGAGACACGAUUACAUAUGUCUCUUUAUUUGUGGGGAUACUUGGGAACAUAUUUCUUAGUUUAAAUACAUUUUCCCGCUGAAUUCCUGGUAGGUUAGUCUCUUUGAGAUUACAAACCUAUUUUGCAAGAGAGACCUGGACAAAAAAAUCAGCAAGCAAAGUUUCAAACAUUUACAACAUAAAACACAAGCACUACAGUUUAAAAACAUCAGUUUACACGUUGAACAGGCACAUUAGUUUUGGCAGAAGUGGUUCAUCUAGUUGUAAAACAUUUACAGGCCCCUAAACCAUUUUCCGCUAUAGAUUUUACCCUAAUAUCAGUUAAGGAGCUCCUGUCAUUUCAAGUCCUUUUGUUGCUUGUUCAAAGUAGAGGGCAGGGUACUGUAACGCUUUGUUUGUUGUUUUACCUUGGUCUGUGCCGGCCUUAGGCACCGUCAAAGAGAUGUAGUCCCGUGAGCAUACAGUGCUUUCAUAAAGUAUUCACACCCCUUGACUUUUUCCUAAUUUUGUUGUGUUACAGCCUGAAUUUAGAAUGGAUUGAAUAGAGAUUUGUUUUGUCACUGGCCUACAUACAGUACAAUACCUCAUAAUGUCAAAAUGGAAUUAUGUUUUUCUGAAUUUUUACUAAUUCAUAAAAAAUGAAAAGAUAAUGUCUUGAGUCAAUAAGCAUUCAACCCCUUUGUUAUGGCAAGCCUAAAUAAGUUCAGGAGUAAACAUUUGCUUAACGAGUCACAUAAUAAGUUGCAUGGACUCACUCUGUGUGCAAUAAUAGUGUUUAACAUGAUUUUUGAAUGACUGCCUCAUCUCUGUACCCCACACAUACAAUUAUCUGUAAGAUCGGUCAGUCGAGCAGUGAAUAUCAAAAGCCGAUUCAACCACAAAGACCAGGGAGGUUUUCUAUUGGUAGAUACGUUUAAAAAAAUACAAAUAAAAAGCAGACAUUGAAUAUCCCUUUGGUAGUUAGUCUUGUCCCAUCGCUGCAACUGUACGGACGGAAGAGGUGAAAGUCAAGAGCCGCGUAUCCUCCGAAACACAACCCCCCCAAGCCGCACUGCUUCUUGACACACUGUUUGCUUAACCCGGAAGCCAGCCGCACCAAUGUGUCGGAGGAAACAUAGUACAGCUGGCGACCAAAGUCAGCAUGCAUGCACCUGGCCCGCCACAAGGGAUCGCUAGAGCACGAUGGGACGAGGACAUUCUGGCCGGCCAAACCCUGCCUUAAACCGCUGCGCCACUCGGGAGGCCCAUGGUGAAGUUCUAAAUUACACUUUGGAUGGUGUAUCAAUACAAGUCACUACAUAAAUACAGUUGCCAGAGAGGAAGGAAACCGCUCAGGGAUUUCACAAUGAGGCCAACGGUGAUUUUAAAACAAUAAUGGCUGUGAUAGAGAAAUGAGGCUGAAUCAACAUUGUUGUUACAUGUAACUACAAGGGAAAGUAUAACAAAAGACCCAGCUAGCUAUGUUGUUGAUAUGUGUAUCCUAAUAGACUAGGGUAACAACCCUUAAACAAGGCACACCUUGCCAUGUUAUAACCUGUCCCAAAGGAUACAUUGAAUCAAAUGUUAUGUUACUACGAUGCUGUUGCAAAGGAUACACUUGUAAUUAUAAUGUCAAAUCAAAUUGUAUUUGUCACAUACACAUGGUUAGCAGAUGUUAAUGCGAGUGUAGCGAAAUGCUUGUGCUUGUAGUUCCGACAAUGCAGUAAUAACCAACGAGUAAUCUAACCUAACAAUUCCACAACAACUACAAGUGUAAAGGGAUGAAGAAUAUGUACAUAAAAAUAUAUGAUGAGUGAUGGUACAGAACGCCAUAGGCAAGAUGCAGUAGAUGGUAUAGAGAACAGUAUAUACAUAUGAGAUGAGUAAUGUAGAUGAGUAAUGUAGGGUAUGUAAACAUUUAAAAGUGGCAUUAUUUAAAGUGGCUGGUGAUACAUUAUAAUGUAUCUACCCAGGAUCAAGCAAUUUGAUGCAAAGUGAAACAUGUCUUUUUAAUUGCUAUGUAUUUACAAUGUAACAGCAUUUGCAGACAGUAGGCUAACCAAGAGAAAUAAGGACACAGGAGAACAUUAGUAAGUAACCAUGUGUAUGUGACAAAUCAAAUUUGAUUUGAUUUGUAUAACCAUGGAAAGAAGGUGUACCCAAACGUACAAUUCCCCAUUUCAGACUCAUACCCCGGGUUGGGUAGUAACGGAUUGCAUGUAACAGGGAUACCUAUGGACAGGGUGGUGGGUGAUGCUCAGGGAGAGGCGUGAUGGCGUGGCACGGUGUGGAGGUCUGGACUUGGGCUGUGGAGGAAAAGUGGAGGUCAGGUGGAAGUAACCUGGACUCCCAGGCCAAGGGAGAGGGCAUGUUCCCUGAGCAGGGAGUAUCGGCCAGGAGGUCUGGACUUAGGCUGUAGAGCAACAGUGGGACAGUGGACUCUCUUAAGGGUCGGCACGCCAUUAAAUCUAAAGAGGAAAUCGAUACCUUUGCAUCCCGAAUGAAGGAUCUACGAAGUGGUGUGGGGGGACACAAAUGUAUUAAGGGUGGCGUCAAUUCGGGAAUUUCUGAAAUUAAUCCAUGAAUUGAAUUUGAAUUGGCCACACCCCAAAGGAAACAUCAUUUUAAUGUAAGGAAGUAGAAUUGAAUUAAAAGCAAUUCAAACCAAUUCAACUGAGACAUUAAAGUCUCAUUAAUAUUGACAUUGCAUUGGAUUGUUCCGUUUCAUACUGCAGCAUUUGAUCUAAUGCAUUCUGAGAAAUGUAUUUAUGUUUCUGAUAUUUAAACAUUAAAGGAAGGAUCAAUUAUUAUAGACAA